AUGGGCUGCUUCAUUCUGGGUCCUGGUGGCAAAGUCAUUCCGCUGUCCCUGUAUGAGGAGCAUCGAAGCACCUCAGUGGAGGACGAGGGGUCGGUCGGCAGCAGUCGCCAGGUUCAGUCUGAAGAAGAAGAAACAUUUCCAUGGAUGGUUGUGUUGCAGCCGGACAAGUCACUCUCUGAAAUGAAGGCGACCUUAAGUGAGGUAUCUGCAGAGGAAUACAUGAACAAGGAGAGCGUUCAUAUGGCUCCACUCUUGGAGGCUGUGGAGCUCACACCAUCAGCUGCUGAUGUCCAUGAGGAGGAAGGAAAGCAGAUCCCCAACAGCCAACAUCAUGAACAGGAUGUGGAGUCAAGAUUUCAGCAGGCAGGCUGGAAGGAAACUUCAGUGAAAGAAAACACGGAGAAGCCAGGAAAGAGCGAGAGCCAGGCGGGUACAGUAGAGCAAGAAGAACCAGUGGACCCAGAUGACGGCCCAAAGAAGUGGAGCAGAGACAGUGACUCAAGAAGGUUGAACAAUGAAGAAGAUACAGAUGCUACAAGGGAAGAAUUGGAGGCCAAUGAGAAGCUCUGGGAGAUGGUUGGUGAAAUGAGGCAGCAGGCUGAAGGGGAAACUCAACCACUGAGGAACCAGAAGACUGACAGACGGCCUGAGAAGGAAACCUUUGUCCUUCCUGCUCCAACAGAGAAGAUGGUGAGCAAGCAGGGUCUAACACCAGGAGACACAGGGCCAGAAAAACAAGAGCCACGUGGCAGAAGGUUAGAAAGAAAACCGAGGGGAGAGACUGAAGAUUUUAUCUCAUAG